CCAAAACAAUAAGCUAAUUAACCCAACCUAGCUCCUCCCACUGCAUUUCAAUUUACAGAGAGAAGAUAAAGAUAAAGUAAAGCUGGAGCUGAGACGUACGUGUGCUGCUCAUAGCUAAGCUGUAGGAGUCAGAGUGUGUGAGCUAAAGAUUUGUUGAUCACCACGGAACUGGAAUGGAUGUUUCCAUGGGAAUCCAGAAUCUGCUUCGACCCACCGACACUUGUUUAUUCGUUGUCGAGGGUUAUUUAUUAGGAGUUCCUUCUUCUGGACACAGACUAGUGGCCGUCAUCAAGCACGAGGGAACAGAGGAACAUGCGAUGUUCAUGUUCGAGGAGGACCAAUUUGAGACCCCUCCCACUGUCAAGUUGGAGGCCUACUAUCCCAUCAGGGGAGCCUUCUCAGCUCAGAUGAAAGCCACCUCCCUGAACACACGGUGUCAAGUACUGCUCCACAAUGGACAGGGCUCCUCCCUCGAGUUAGACCUGCCUAGUAAUGGACGAACAGCACUCUUCAUCAGCCAACUCAACAAUGCUCUGCACCAGUUCAAUUCCUCCAGCUCUGCUAAUUCCCCCGUGGCCUUCCACUGGUUGCUAGGAUACGAACAGUGUCGAACGGGUUGGGACAGAUUCAGCAAACCUCAUAUAAGCUCUCAAGUGAACUUUGACCCUGCCUCUGGAUUUCCCGAGAGUUGGCCGUGGAGUCACAUCAUCACGCCUAAUCUGGACGGGAGUACGGAGAUAGCACCUUGUGAGAGUUUACUGGACGAUUUUGAUCCCCUCCGACAAACAACAACCAACAUUGAAGCCCCCCAGACCAAUGUUCAAGUGAAAGCCCCACUCGCCACUCUCGAAAUAACAACCUCAAGUCCAACUCUCAACAGAUCCUCAAACCCAUUCCGACUAUCCACGGAAAUCGGUAACCCAUUCCAAGACCAGACCUUAUCUGCUCAAGCUUCCCCUCAGACUAAGGAUAUUCGACAUUGCAUCUCUGAAACAAAUCUGACUCGUCUGAAACUAGAGAGUACGUCACGUUCGUCUGAACUCCAUGUGUCCCGUUCCCAGGACAACCUGAUGGAUCUAGGCUCGGAGGUUCGACACUGCAUAGUGCCUGAGGAAAAUGAGGACCCUCUAGACUAUAAGAACAGACGUGUGACUCGCAGCAUUGAUAACUCCCCAACUUUAGAGAGACGUAGCAAUGGGAGGGAGUCUAACAAGACACAGCUGGAGUUUAAUGGCCCCUCCACCAGCAAAGCCAUGCCUAGUCAAGCCUCAAUGGAGGUACCCGAGACUACAGGCUCCGUAAGAAAGAGGCGAAGUUCUCCGCAGAGGUCAAAGGUGAGUCCUCCGCAGAAGUCAAAGGGGACUUCUCGUUCCCGCACCCAGAGCCACGCCCCUGCUCGGUAUGCCACUAAGGGGUGGGUCAGUCGCUAUCGCCCCGGGGUACCAGUUUCGAUACCAGGUGAAAGUUCACGAGAGAGCCUCAUGCAGGCAGAGCUGAGACAGAAGGAGAAAGAGUUCUGUGAUCCUAUGGACAUCCGUGUCUUGUGUGUCACCUGGAAUGUCAACGGUCGUGAUCCCAAGGGAACGCUAGAUGAUCUACUGAUAUCGUUUAAUGAUAAGGAGCUUCCCCCUGACAUCUAUGCCAUAGGGUUUCAGGAGUUGGACCUGACAACACAGACACUCUUGCUCAACAGUGAGAGUGAGAAGGAGGAUCUCUGGGUGUCCGUGGUGGAGGCCACUCUCCGCAAGACCAAGAUGAAUUACAUCAAGUUGUGCUGUGUGCGACUGGUAGGGAUCAUGCUACUAGUAUACAUCAAAGAGAGCUACUGGAGUCACACUACUGACGUUGAGGUGGACACUGUUAAGACUGGGGCUGGUGGAAUCAUGGGCAACAAAGGAGGAGUAGGUGUGCACUUUAACCUCUACCAUACGUCCCUCUGUUUCGUGAACUCUCACCUCUCUGCUCACAUGGACGAAGUGGAGAAGAGGAAUCAGGAGUAUGCAUCGAUCAUGAACAAGAUGAUGUUCACUCAUGACUUCACCUACGACAUUGAGCAUCAUGACAUGAUAUUUUGGUUGGGAGAUCUCAACUAUCGUAUCCAAAGCUCCCCUGCACUCACAGUGGAGCUCAUCAAGUACAAUGCUGAUGCCUAUCAACUCUCUACCCUGCUCAAACACGACCAGCUGCUCCUGGAGAUGAAGCAUAAUAAUGCAUUCCUCUCGUUCACUGAAGCACCCAUCGACUUCAAGCCCUCCUACAAGUACGACCCCAACACUGACGACUGGGACUCUAGUGAGAAGGGUCGAGCCCCGGCCUGGUGUGAUCGUAUCCUGUACUCUGGUAAAGGCAUCACUCAGUUCAGCUACUCCUCCCACCCCAGCCUCAAUAUCUCUGACCACAAACCAGUCUCAGCUCUCUUUGAGACCACCAUGCGUGUGGUGGUGCCGUCCAAAGAGAAGGAGGUAUUGGAACAGGUGACCUGGAGACUGGACAAACUAGAGAACGACACACUACCACAAGUGGACCUCUCCUCCCUUGAGUUCAAGUUCCCUGAUAUUGGAUUCAUGGAGCCCCAUACCAAACGACUAGUGGUGACCAAUACUGGCAAUCGGCCUGUUCAUAUCUCCUUCAUACCCAAACUGGACGACACAGUGGUCUGCAAGCCGUGGCUGGACGUGAAGCCACUCUCAACUGUUAUGCAUCCCCUGGAGGAUGCUGUGAUCCUGCUCACUGUGAACAUUGACGAGGACUCCGCCUCCCUCCUAAACAGCGGGAAAGAUCUACUAGAGGACAUCCUAGUCCUGCACCUAGGCAAGGGAAAGGACUUCUUCAUCACUGUCUCUGGAAACUAUCAGCCAUCUUGUUUUGGGUCAUCCCUAGAGACGCUUGUGCAGCUGCACACGUAUAUACGAGAGGUGCCCGUCGCACAAUUGGUAGACCUGACAUCAUCGUGGGAGGAUUGCUCUAUAGAUCAGGUAAUCACUGAGAAUGGGGAGGAGUCUCAUCUCAUCUCAUUGACCCCACCUCCCCUCGAUAUUCCAAAGGAACUGUUUGCACUUGUUGACCAUAUCAGGAAGCAUGGACUAUCUACGGAGUCCCUGUUCACGGAUGGCGGUAGACGCAGUGAGGUAACAACCAUCAGAGAGAUGCUAGACACUGGUGGACCUGAGAUGCCUGGCACUGUGUUCUCAGUGGCUGCUGCUCUCAUCUUCUUCCUAUCUUCACUGGCUGAACCAGUGGUCCCAGUACAGCUCCAUGGCAAGUGUAUAGAGGCUGCCAACAACCCGAUACUCUGUAGACAGAUCUUGCCCCAGAUGCCUCCAGUCCACAGACACACCUUCGUGUUCCUCAUCACCUUCAUGAAGAAACUACUCGACCACUCAUUCUCUAACGGGCUGGAGCCUAAAGUAUUAGCUGAGCUGUUUGGUGAGGUACUCCUGAGGGCACCUCUAAAGGAGAGGAAGGCCAGGGGUCGGAGGUCAACCACCAGCUCCAAGAAAAAGGCCCUAUUCCUGUUCCAGUUUCUAAUUCAUGACUUGACUAUCACCUACAACUAAAUAGCUAGUGGCUCUAGAAUUUUUACUUCUAAUUAUGGUUUAGUGGAAUUGUGAAAUUAUGUGAAAUGAUUAUUAUUAUUAUAUAUACAAUUUUUGAUGAAAUUUACUAAAAUUCA